CCGUGAGUCUGCCGAGCCUCAUGGGCCACCAGCAGCAGUGACCACGGGGCAGUGGGAGCAUGUCGAGGCUCAGAGACCGCAGGAGAAAGACAAGGGCCAGAGCCCCCCACGUCCCAGUGCCGGGCCCUCGUUGCUGCACCCUGCCAGCCCUCGACAGCUCCACAGCGCCUUGGGGCAGCUGCCAGUACUCAGCGCCUUACUGGCAGAGCUGUCUGUGCUCGCCCGGAAUGCUGUGCCUGGUGCUGUCCAUCCCCAUCUUCCCUGGCUCUACCAGGCUGCUGGGAAUAGUGGCACAGCCUCAAGGCCCCCCAGCCACUCUGCUCUCAAGCCUUCAGAGAUACCUCUGUCUCCUGGUGGAGCGGUGAGCCCUCAGUGCAAAGAAGGCUGGCAAGGGGGCUCGCCAGAGUCUUCUGGGGCUGAGAGAGGACCUAAGAAAGCAGUGCCCCAGCGGAAACCAGCCUCUGAAGGGAACUGCAAAGCUAAGGAGAACAGACCUCCCAGAAGGACACUGUUGUAUGGGCUGACAAGGACACUGAGGCUACGGGUGCAGCGAACCAACCCUGGUAAUCCGAUAAUGCAUGAAAGGAGGGAGCAGUACAGAAGAAAGCAACUGGAGAUGCUGAAGGAGAGAAGCCCUAUACCCGGAAGAAAGCUCCUCAGAAAUGCUGGAGAACAGCAUGUGGUUUCUUGCAGGGAUUGUAGCAGGAGAGGCAGUUCAAAGCAGAAUAAUCGGUUGGAUAAAACUAUUCAGACUUCAUUAGAAAACAGUGCUGUCACAGAGUCCAUGUCUGUGGCAGGAGAUGUGUCCCCUGACUUGCAGAAACAGGCUAUUGCAAAGGCAUCAUUGUCAGAUGAAGAGCAGGAAGCCCAGCAGAUCAGUAAAGAAGACAGGGGUGAUCAGCAUAUUAAACAUAGAUCUACACUGAGAAGCAAACAAGUUAGAUCUGAUACUGAUCUGAAUACAGGAAAGGGGCAGACCUCUGCAGGAGAAGAGCAGUCAGUAGCUCAAGUUAGCUCUUACUUGCCAUCUAACAUGUCUGAUCUUGAACUUGGUAUCCUACAAAACAGUAUGUCAGGUGAAGAGGAUGAUUUUCUAGGAAAACUACAUGCUCCUAAUCAAUACAAAUACAUUGAUACCGAGAAGCAGGCUGAAAGCAGGAAUUGA